CUAACAUCUCCCCAUUACUUCGUCUUCCUAUAAACCAAAACUCAAAAUCUUUCUCGCUCUCCAUUUCCUCGAAAUCUCUCCAAUGGCGCUUCUUCCAAAAACAAUCCGAUUAGCUCAAAGAUCAGCUGGUUUUCACACAACAUUACCAUCACUCUACGCAUCAACAUCAUCCACAUCACCAGCGACAUAUCAAAAACCAACAGCACCAGCAAUCGGAACUGGUGGAAAAGCAGCAGAGUUUGUAAUUUCAAAAGUAGAUGAUCUAAUGAAUUGGGCAAGACGUGGAUCUAUAUGGCCAAUGACUUUUGGUUUAGCUUGUUGUGCUGUUGAAAUGAUGCAUGCUGGUGCUGCUCGUUAUGAUUUUGAUAGAUUUGGGAUUAUUUUUAGACCUUCACCAAGGCAAUCUGAUUGUAUGAUUGUUGCUGGGACUUUGACCAAUAAGAUGGCUCCUGCUCUCAGAAAGGUUUAUGAUCAAAUGCCUGAGCCUCGUUGGGUUAUCUCCAUGGGAAGCUGUGCCAAUGGUGGUGGCUACUACCAUUACUCCUACUCUGUAGUUCGUGGUUGUGACAGGAUUGUGCCAGUUGACAUAUACGUCCCAGGUUGCCCUCCAACAGCCGAGGCUCUGCUUUAUGGAAUCCUGCAGUUGCAGAAGAAAAUCAACAGGAGGAAGGAUUUCCAGUUGUGGUGGAACAAGUAGGUGUAUCGGUCGCUACAACCAGUUGGUGGGUGACAACUCCGUCGCUGCCAAUCAGAACAUGUCGUACAAGAGGGUUUGUUUAUGCUUGUUGUUGACGAAAUAAAAUCUUUCUUUGGAAGAACUUUGGAUAUCCUGUUUGUUUGAAUUUGUUAAAAAAAAUCAGGGUCUUGUAAAUUAUAAGCUCUGGGAUUUCAUAAGAUGUUGUUUUAUGUAUAAUUUUGUGACUGUUCUUAUGCUUGUGUCAAUAUUCUUGUUACCUCCCCUCA